AUGAGUGCGAUGAUCGUCAGAAAGCCAGGUCACUUGUUCUUGGAGGAGCUGGAGAUCCCAUUCGAGGACGAGGGAGACUACGUGGUGGUUAAGCACGCUGCGCUUUUCGCCUCGACCGUGACCUCGAAGGUGUUGCAGUUCCCUAACGUGAAGUUCUUCAACGCUACCGCUGUGGAGGACUUGGUGACCAGACCUGCCGGCCCCAACGGCGAGCUCACCGUCGCCGGUGUGGUGACCAACUGGACGCUGGUGACCCAGGCCCACGACCUGCAGAGCUGUAUGGACCCUAAUGUCAUCGAACUUGCUGGUUACAAGAACGACGGCACCCGUGACGUGAGCAAGAAGCACGGUGUGAUCUUGUCCACCACCGGCCACGACGGUCCAUUCGGCGCUUUCUCCGCCAAGCGUAUCGUGUCGAUCGACAAGAACUCGCAGUUGAAGGGUAUGAAGGGUCUUGACAUGAACAACGCCGAGGCUGACGUGGUCAAGAACUCCGGUAAGUACAAGGCCGUCGACUCGAUGUACUUUGCCGGUAUGGAGGUCGCCGAGUUGGCUGGUUGCAACAGAAUGGGCCCAACUUUCGGCGCCAUGUUGGUCUCCGGUAUCAAGGCCGCCGAGGAGAUCUUGAAGCACUUUGCCGAGUAA